AUGGGAAAUUAUAAAUCUAGACCAACCCAAACUUGCACUGAUGAAUGGAAGAAGAAAGUUAGUGAGUCGUAUGCUAUCAUCAUCGAACGACUAGAAGAUGACCUGCAAAUCAAAGAAAAGGAGCUGCUGGAACUGAAGCAUGUUUUCAGCUCUGAUGAAGCCUUCUGCAAAGUCAAUCUGAAUUACCGCACCGAGAACGGGCUCUCCCUCCUCCACCUCUGCUGCAUCUGUGGGGGUAACAAAUCUCACAUUAGAACUCUUAUGCUAAAGGGACUGCGCCCAUCCAGAUUAACAAGAAAUGGAUUUACAGCUCUGCACUUGGCUGCCUAUAAGGACAAGGCGGAGCUGCUGACAGCGCUGCUGCACGGCGGAGCUGACAUCCAGCAGGUGGGGUACGGAGCGCUGACAGCCCUGCACAUCGCCACCAUCGCCGGACACCCCCAGGCUGUUGAUAUGCUUCUGCAGCAUGGAGCUUAUGUGAAUGUUCAGGAUGCAGUUUUUUUCACCCCAUUGCAUAUUGCUGCCUAUUAUGGCCAUGAACAGGUAACCCACCUCUUACUGAAGUUUGGAGCUGAUGUGAAUGCAAGUGGUGAAGUUGGAGACAGACCUCUCCAUCUGGCCUCUGCCAAAGGCUUUCUCAACAUUACAAAGCUCUUGAUGGAAGAGGGAAGCAAAGCUGAUGUGAACGCUCAGGACAAUGAAGACCACGUUCCUCUGCACUUCUGCUGUCGGUUUGGUCACCAUGAAAUUGUGAAGUUCUUACUGCAGAGCAGCUUUGAAGUCCAGCCCCACGUGGUGAACAUCUAUGGAGACACUCCCCUGCACCUCGCCUGCUACAGCGGCAAGUUUGAGGUUGUCAAGGAAAUGAUUCAGCUCUCAGGGACAGAAAGUCUCACCAAGGAGAAUAUAUUCAGUGAAACAGCUUUCCACAGUGCUUGCACCUAUGGAAAAAACAUAGAACUUGUGAAAUUUCUUCUUGACCAGAAUGUUGUAAGCAUCAAUCACCAGGGAAGAGAUGGACAUACAGGAUUACACUGUGCUUGCUACCAUGGCCAUAUUCGACUUGUUCAGUUUUUGCUGGAUAAUGGAGCUGAUAUGAAUCUGGUAGCUUGUGAUCCCAGCAGGUCCAGUGGAGAAAAGGAUGAGCAGACCUGUUUGAUGUGGGCUUAUGAGAAAGGUCACGAUGCCAUUGUGACCCUUCUGAAGCAUUAUAAAAGACCUCAAGAUGAAUCACCCUGUAAUGAAUACUCACAGCCUGGAGGAGAUGGUUCCUACGUGUCAGUUCCAUCCCCUCUAGGAAAGAUUAAAAGCAUGACUAAAGAAAAGGCAGACGUCCUCCUCCUCCGUGCUGGGUUGCCAUCACAUUUCCACCUCCAGCUCUCUGAAAUCGAGUUCCAUGAGAUCAUCGGCUCAGGAUCUUUCGGAAAGGUAUAUAAGGGACGAUGCAGAAACAAGAUUGUCGCAAUCAAACGCUAUCGAGCCAAUACUUACUGCUCCAAGUCUGAUGUAGACAUGUUCUGCCGGGAAGUUUCCAUCCUCUGCCGCCUCAACCACCCCUGUGUCAUCCAGUUUGUGGGGGCUUGCCUGGACGACCCCAGCCAGUUUGCCAUAGUCACUCAGUACAUUUCAGGGGGAUCACUCUUCUCCCUGCUCCAUGAGCAGAAGAGAACUCUUGAUCUGCAGUCUAAAUUAAUCAUUGCUGUAGAUGUUGCCAAAGGCAUGGAGUACCUGCACAACCUCACACAGCCCAUCAUCCAUCGUGAUUUGAACAGUCACAAUAUUCUCCUGUAUGAGGAUGGCCAUGCAGUUGUUGCUGAUUUUGGAGAAUCUAGAUUUUUGCAAUCCCUGGAUGAAGACAAUAUGACAAAACAACCUGGGAACCUGCGCUGGAUGGCCCCAGAGGUGUUCACACAGUGUACAAGGUACACCAUAAAAGCAGAUGUUUUCAGUUAUGCUUUGUGCCUCUGGGAGCUGCUAACAGGGGAAAUUCCAUUUGCUCACCUGAAGCCAGCGGCGGCAGCAGCAGACAUGGCUUAUCACCACAUCCGCCCUCCCAUCGGAUACUCCAUCCCCAAGCCCAUCUCUGCUCUCCUGAUCAGGGGAUGGAACGCCUGUCCCGAGGGGAGGCCAGAGUUUUCAGAGGUAGUCACAAAAUUAGAAGAAUGCCUGUGCAAUAUUGAGCUGAUGUCUCCAGCCUCCAGCAACAGCAGUGGCUCUCUGUCUCCCUCCUCAUCCUCAGACUGCCUGGCUGGACGGGGGGGCCCGGGCCGCAGCCACGUCGCAGCUCUGCGCAGCCGCUUCGAGCUGGAAUACGCUGUGAACACACGGGCAUACGCUGCCUGGUCACAGAGCACUGGGCAACACCCUUCCCAGGGUCUGUCUUUGGAAGACAUGAGAAGAAGCUUCCAGUACCCACAGAUUGAUAAAAAUGGCUACGUCUCGGAUCCCCUGAGCACCAUGAGGUUCCACCCCUGCAGUGGCAGCUCCGAGGAGAGCAGCUGAGAGCCCCGAAACCCCCACAGCCACGA